UGUAAAAGAAAAAAGGGCUCUAAUCAUUCCCACGGUUCAAAUAAUCAUCCGUAGAACGAAAAGGCCCUGAUGACGGGCGCGUUAUCUAACUGAUUUUUCUUUUUUAAUUGGUCGAAGAUACCACUGAUUCUAUGUCGGAAACCUUCACUUUCACUUUCCAUUUCUCUCUCCCUCGUCACUUGGAUCCAAAGCGAAGAUCGCUCUCUGGCUUCAAGUCUGCGCUAUUUCCGCAAAGAAGACUCAGCUGCCAAUCUCAUAUCCCAUCUCAAUUACGCAUUCUUCACUUUCUCCUCUUUUCGUCUCGAUUCGUGCUCGGCUUCCUCGCUUUGAUCUGGUGAUUUGUGGAAUGGCAACAAUGAGGGACAUUAUCAGAUUUGAUUGCAUAUAAUGUUCUGAUGCUCUAUAUGGUUACUGGACCGUAUCUGCUUUUAGUUGUUGUUCCUAGCUGAAAAUGUCAUAUGAUGAAGUGCUGAAGGCUGUUUUUGCUUUGCUGGAUGGAAUAGAUCUUGCUUCUUGUAUGGCAGUUUGCAAACAAUGGAGACAUAUAGCCAGAGAUGAUUACUUUUGGAAAUGCCUUUGUGCUGAAAGAUGGCCUUCAAUUUGCAAAAGGCCCAGCCCUCCAACUGUGACCUACUACAAGCUCUAUCAAACAUUUUAUAAGCAACAAUGUCACACCCUGCUUCCUCCUAGACUUUCUUUUGACGAUUUAGAAUUUUUCUUUGAUAUUUGGACUGAGGAAAAAUUGAUCUUCUCAGAAGUAGUCCCAGGCCCUGUUCUGCUGGCUGGAAUCAGAGCCCCACCACCUGGAGUUUGUGACAUACUGAGAUUUCACCUUGAAGGUCCUGAAUGUAAGAUGACUUUACCUGUUGAGCCAAGGGUCAAAAUUCAUUUGAGCCAGAUUCUGAGCGUUUCAGUGCUUGUAGGGCGCAAAGAUUCCAAUGAGGUUGCUUGUGUCAUUGAUGGAUCUGUGUUUGAUUAUAUAGAUCGGACAGCCUAUAGGGCUAUGGCAUUUGAAUACCUUGAUUUCUCCCCAGUUCACCCAUUUAUUCCUAAUAUCCGAGCAUGGAUAUCUUUGCUUUUCAUGGAAGAUGGAAAUGAGGGUGUCAUUGAUGUCUUUGGGAUUGAAUUGGAUUUCCGUGAUGCUGCAAAUUCUAGAGAGGAGGUUUUAUGGCUGUUGGACGUGCUUGAUUGGAAGUAAAACGUGGAACAGUGUUUGUUGUGAGAUACUGAGCUCAAUCAGUUGCAAUGUUCAUGUGCCAAGGGAACUGUCCAUGGGGAAUAGUUCAAAAAUUAACAGAAGGACUAUUAGGAGGAUUUCAUCAAACACCAUUAACGGCUGAAAGAGGAAGGAUCAGGUACUAAUAUAUUCAUAUAUAUGUGUUAAAAUAGAAAGAAAACAAAAACUCUCAUAUGGGGUAUAAACACCAGUGAUAAGCCUGGUCUUUGUAGCUUUAUGUAUGUAUGCGUUGCCCCAUGCCAAUGAUGCCAUAGGCACUUGUAGACAAGAAAUGAUCAGAGGUUACCGGUGAAACUACCAAUUUAUUGA